CGGUCCUGACGAAAAUUUCCGAAAAUAGCCGAAGUUCUGUUAUUACAAUGGCUGACUGAAAGGAUUUGAUGAUGAAGAUGGAUUUUCAAAAUUUGCUUGCAUUUUACUGGUAUGCGGUGCAUAACUGAUAAUGAGCUCUGGAGAACAAGGAGGAGAAGCAGGUGCAGAGAAAGACGUGGAGUACUAUUACCGACCAGGUGGAAGACGCAAUGAUGGUCUGAAAGCAGCAGACAUUGUACCUGUUUUAAGGGAGAGGGUCGCCUACCUUUCAGGUGGACGAGACAGACGUGGGGGUCCCAUCUUGACCUUCCCCUCUCACACACAUCCUGAGCGCCUCAAGUAUGAAGAUCUCCGUCGGCUUAUGACCUAUUUGGCCAGUGUGCCCAGUGAUGAGGUGAGAGAAAGAGGCUUUACUGUGAUACUGGACAUGCGAGGUUCCAAAUGGGAGACAGUCAAACCCAUCCUGAAGGCACUACAGGAAUGUUUCCCUGGAAAUAUACACAUGGCUUAUAUCAUCAAGCCAGAGCGGUUUUGGGAAAAGCAGCGGACCAGUUUAGGCAGCGCGAAAUAUAACUUCGAGACAAAUAUGAUCUCACUUGACAAUCUCACAAAAGUGAUAGAUCCCACUCAACUGACUCGGGAGUUUGAUGGUACCCUGGACUAUGAUCAUGAACAGUGGAUUCAGCUUCGUUUGAUGCUUGAAGAGUUCAUUUGGAAGGCUCUGGAUCUCCUUGACAAGCUUGACGAGCUAGGAGAGAUUCUAACAAACCCUGAUUUACCUGAUGAUCUUGGUGGCGCUCAGCAUAUCCUCGAAGAGCACAAUCAUCUCAAACGUCGGGUCACAUUGGCACCAGUCGAACAGUUGUCCAUGGAGGGUCACCACAUCCUUACCAAGAUCACGGGUGAAUUACCUGGUCAGUCAGGGAGUGUUGGAAGGCGACAAAAGAUCUCGGGUAAUGCAGAUUUCCAAAGUGCAGUACCUCAGAUUUCACAGUUGCUGGAGAACCUGCAGUCGACUAAACAGCAUCUCAAUCAGUUGUGGGUAGUCAAAAAGAUGCGCCUGGAGCAGUGCUUACAGCUGCGAAUUUUUGAAGAGGAUGUUGAAAAGAUGUUUGAGUGGAUCAGCCAUAACCGAGAUCUCUUCCUGGUUAAUUAUACAGAGAUUGGCACCUGUCACCAGAUGGCUGUGGAAUUAGAAUCUGAGCACUGUCAGUUUGCAACUAGUGCAGAGAAUGUCUAUGUGAACAUCACUCGCAUUCUGGGUAUGGCACAACGCAUGUGUGAUUCUGGUCAUUACGCUUCCAAUAUGAUCCGUGUGGAAGCAGGACGGCUUGAGCGGGAAUGGAAGAGUCUGGCAGCAGCACUAGAAGAUAGGACCACUGUACUGAGGAUGUCCGUUGUCUUUCACAAAAAAGCUGAACAGUACUUGGCUCAGGUGAUCGUUUGGCAGUCAACAUGUGAGAACCUUAAGAUCCCCACCCAGAUUGAGGAUCUGGAGGAGGCUUUGCAAGCCCAUCAGGACCUCAUAGAGACCAUCAGUCAGACCUAUGCAGAGGUAUGUGGUGAUGGGAAAGCCCUGCUUGACACCCUGCAGACACCAGUGACUUCAAGUAGUGCUAAUUCUAUUACUGCCAAGGCAGACUACUCUGAGGCAGCAGGACAUGUUUUAGAUGUUGUUCAUGAGGUGCUAGCACAUCAUCGCCACCUGGAGCACAUCUGGCACACUAAGAAAGUUAAAUUGCACCAGCGUUUAGGACUGAGACUUUUCCAGCAAGAUGUUAAGCAGGUUAUAGAUUGGUUGAACAAUCAUGGAGAUGUGUUUUUAAAGAAGAAUACCUCAAUUGGAAAAACAUUACAGAGAGCAAAAGCUUUGCAGAAAAGUCAUGAACAUUUUGAAUCUGUGGCCAGAAACACCAUUACUAAUGCUGACAAGUUGCUGGCAGCAGCAGAUGAGUUAGCCCAGACAGGCGAAUGUGAUCCAAAGGAGAUCUAUGGGGAGGCCCAUGAGCUUGAGCAGCGCAUGCACAACUUCCUGUCUGCCCUUGAGCGUCGCCGAGCCAUCCUGGAUAUGACUGUGGCCUUCUACACUCACGUUCAUGAGCUGACCAACUGGCUAGAAGAUCUGCAUGGAGAACUGCAGCACUCUGACAUGGCUGACACUGUGGAAGGGGCAGAGCAUCUGAUUGCACAAUUCAACCAGCAGCGUCAAACAACACUGGAGGCUGCUCUUAACACUGUCAGUGAGGGACAGGCUUUAUUGGAGCAGCUCAGAUAUGUUGGAAAACGGCGUGGUUCAAAGGCAGUCUCCAUGGAAACAGAGAAAUCAGGUCACGGCGCGGACUACAGUCACAUCGAAGGUGUGUUGGCACAGCUGAACGAGAGUCGCAGUCAGUUGGAGGAAUUAUGGGCAGCCCGCAAGAUGAAGCUGGAUCUGUGCUUGCAGUUACGUGUUUUUGAACGUGAUGCCAUGGAAGUAUCAUCACAGCUGGAGCUUUGGGGAGAGGAGCUUCAGCACAUGGAAAUGGUCACUGAUGGAAGCAAGGCCGAGCAGUUAUUACAGAUGCACAAUGAAAGUGUCUUACACAUGCAGAACUGCACCUUUGAGGUAUUGCAGCGCGGCCAAGAACUCUGUCAGUUGAUGUCAGAUGCAGAAUACGAUGCAGGUUCCCAGAUCCAGGCCUUGCUGGAGUACCUGCAUGAGCGAGAGGCUGACCUUGAGGCAUUGGCUGAGCAAAAGCGCUUGCGCCUUGAACAGUGUGUACAGCUCAGAAAUUUUGAAAUUGAAGCCAGGCAGGUCAUCUGCUGGAUUCGCAAUGGGGAGUCUAUGCUGACAGCCAGCUUUAUGUGUCCAAACACAUUGGUGGAAGCAGAACAGCUCAAGAAGGAGCAUGAACAGUUCAUGAUUGCCAUUGAGAAAACACAUUUCAGUGUAGUGCAGGUGACCCAGCGAGCAGAGGCUAUGCUGCAGAGUCAGCACUACAACUCUGAGCUUGUUCGGGCCAUUGCUGAGAAUGUCACACUAGCUUGGCAGCAACUUAUGUACCAUGCUGAGGAGCGCCAGAAGCUUGUCAUGGCCUCCACCAACUGGUACAAGACAGCUGAGCAGGUAUGGUCAGUGCUCGAGGCACUUGACCGUGACUAUAAGCGGGAUGAAGAUUGGUGCAGCUCUGACAAAUCUGCCAGUGGCAACCGUGCAGCCUUCUUGGUUCAGUUGAUCAACAAACACAACGAGCAGAAAGAGGCCUUUUUAAGGGCAUGCACACUGGCCCGCAGAACAGCAGAAACAUUCCUAAAAUAUGUGAACAGAAAUUUACACUUCCUUGGGAUGCAGAUGAAAUUCCGUAGUCCUGAGGGACAUGUUAAAGCCACACUUGAUCAGCUGCUUCAGCAAGAGAACUUGGUUAUUGAAUACUGGACAGUCAAGAAACGCAAACUUGAGCAGUGUCACCAGUAUGUCCUUUUUGAGCAGAGUGCCAAACAGGCCCUGGAGUGGAUCCAAGAAUAUGGAGAAGCAUACUUGGCUUCUCACACACAUGUUGGUUCUAAUAAUGCAGAAACAGAGGCUCUGCUUAAAGAGCAUUAUGAAUUCAGGAAUAGAGCCAAGGAAACUCGGGAGAAUGUCAAGCUACUUCUGCAGCUGGCAGAUGACUUUGUUGCUAAAGGCAACUUGCACGCCAGCAGCAUCCUUGGGUGGUGCAGUGCUGUGGAUAAGCGAUACAAGGACUUCUCCUCACGCAUGGAGCGAUACCGCCUACAGCUAGAGGGAAAAUUGGGCGUGUCUGUUCCUGAGCAGCAGACAGAGAAGGAAGAGCAGCAGCGGCACAGUGACUCCUCUAUUGAGGAGAAGCUUCAGCACACCCCAAAAGAGCUGACAGAAGAAAAAAGGAAGUCUGCUAGGAGACGAGAAUUCAUUAUGGCAGAAUUAUUGCAAACAGAGAGAACAUAUGUGAAAGAUUUAGAAAACUGCAUCAAUACUUAUAUGAAAGCCAUGGGAGAUCACAUCAACAAUGUUCCAAAUGGAAUACAGAGCAAAGAAAAGGUUAUAUUUGGGAACAUGGAUGAAAUCUAUGAAUUUCAUAAAGACAUAUUCCUGAAAGAGCUGGAAAAGUAUGAGACAAUUCCUGAAGAUGUAGGCCAUUGCUUUGUCACAUGGGCAGAGAAGUUUUCCAUUUACGUCACAUACUGUAAAAAUAAACCUGACUCUAAUGCUUUGCUAGUGGACCAAGCUGGCUCAUUUUUUGAGGAGAUGCAGCAUAAAUACAAGAUUGGAGAACCAUUGGCAUCCUUCCUGAUUAAGCCAGUGCAGCGUGUCACCAAAUAUCAGUUGCUUCUCAAGGACCUUCUUACCUGUUGUGAAGAACAUACAGGCGAGAUAAAGGACGGUCUAGAAGUGAUGAUGAAUGUGCCUAAGAAGGCCAAUGAUGCUAUGCACCUGAGCAUGCUGGAUGGACUUGAGGAAAGUCUGGAAGCUUUGGGGGAAGUCCUUCUCCAAGACAGCUUCACCGUAUGGGACCCAAAACAGAUAAUACGCAAGGGACGUGAACGCCGGCUCUUCCUUUUUGAUGUGUGCCUCCUCUUUUCCAAGGAGGUCAAAGACAGUUCUGGGAAGACUAAAUAUGUAUACAAAUUUAAACUAAUGAUCUCAGAAAUCAACAUUACAGAACAUAUAGAAGGUGAUGAGAGUAAGUUUGCUCUGUGGACGGGGCGGGCCCCCAUUUCAGACUACAGAAUUAUUCUCAAGGCAUCAAGCUUGGAAACAAAGCAGGUGUGGGUGAAAAAGAUGAGAGAGUUGAUCCAGGAGCGUAUCCUUUACAUGCAUGAUGCCCUCAAAGACAAGCAGCCUACUAUGUUUAAGCCUCCUCCCAAAAUGUUCAACCCUAGUCGUGUCAGCAGAGAUUUGGAAAGUGAUUCCACAUCUUUAGAAGAAAUGAACCUAGAGAGACGAGGAUCCCUUACUUCAAUCAAUUCCAAUGCCACCACCACCACCACAGACAGCAGUAGCAGCAGCGGCGGCAACAAGGGAGUGAACCCCUGGGCUCUUCACCAGGGCAUUGGACAUGAACUCGGCCGUGGCCAGCCGGCCCAUGGACUCCGUGCUCACGGGCUAGGAGCCAGUGAUGUUACUGUUGUGGUGGAGGACUACUCAGCAAGUGGGCCAGGUGAGCUGAGUGUUAUACGAGGACAGCAAGUGGAAGUGGUGGAGGCUGGAGCCACCGUGGGACCUACCCAGGCCCCUGGGGAUUGGUGCUUGAUUCGAACAAUGCCCCCUGAUGGUGCUGAUCCUUCACAAGGACUGGUCCCGAUGGCGACACUCAAGCCUGUCCCUAUAUUACGGGCACCUGGGGCUAGAAACAGCUUAGAUCUAGAUGAACCUUUAGGGGAAGGGUCAGGAGCCCUAAAUACUUCUUCUUCCUCACCUGUUACUAAACGGCGCAGCAGCUUUAGGAAAUGGUUAACAAGUCCAGUGAGGAAACUAAGCCAUGGGAAAAUCGAGAAACAGGGGGUAGGACUCUUGGAGGCCACAAGAGCAGCCAAGGGAGAGAAGAGACCUAUAGUCAGCUUGCUUGCAGAGAAGGAGCCAGCAGAAACAACACAAAAUGCAGAACCAUCUGCAGCAGCCCCAGGAGCCAAAGUUGGUCUAGAGGUUACUAACGAGGAGCCAGAACCGGCACAGGAUAUAGAGAUCCCCCCACCUAUGGCUAUUCAAGACCAUUCCUUCAAGCCCAAGCCAGAAGAGCCUGAAGAUGCUGUGACUAAACUGGCAUCACUGAAUCUGAAGGCUCAACCUGAUGCAGCUGCCAACUCAGUGGACCUUGCUAACGAGAUUGAAAACAUCAUUAAACAGAGAAGUGAACCUCUGCUGAAGCCACCUUCAAGUCUGAAAGCAGUGCAGAAGAUGAUGCUGGAGGGGAGGAGCCCCAGGAGGAGGAGGGAGAGAAGGAUGCUGGAGAGACUGAUGUGAAAGAUGCAGAGGCCGAGAGAAUCAAAUACCUUCGAAAGCGACAGUUUGUGAUUCAGGAGUUGUAUGAUACAGAGAAGGUUUAUGUUGACGAUCUGGGCAGCAUAGUGGAGGGCUACAUGGGGUACAUGAAAGAAAACCCUCUGCCAGGUGACUUGGAAGGAAAAGAUAAAAUUGUUUUUGGAAAC